ACUUAUUAAUUAAAGUGAGGUUUACUCAGCACUAUCACUUGUUAAAAAAAAAAAAACUUAAUUUCGCAUUUAAGAAUGGCCUAAAAUAAAAAAUAGAAUGUAAAUCAAAAUUCAAACCUGGUAUACAGCCCAUCAACGCAUUGGAUUCGGAUAAUCCAUCGGGCUAUAUUCGGGUGUUCAACUAUACUGUGAAAAGAAGCUCUGAAUCGUCUUCGCUAUGGUCUGAUUUGCAGAGAAUGGAAGGAGGGAGUAGCAGUAUAGCGACCGGGAGAUACAGAUACGUACACGAUGUUAGUAAGGGUCCGCCGGAAGCCAUAGACGUCCACCAUCUCAUGCUUCAAAGAAAUGCUUCAUCAAAGGCUUCGAUUCUACUCCUCUUCUUUCUUCUUCCCUGCUCGCUACUCCUGCAGCAAUGUAAUCACAAAUGUUGUGUCUGAGGUGAUGCAUAUGUGUGUGUGGCACCAGGCGAGAUCGAUUGGUGUUCUACUUUGGAGCUUGCCUGUAAUGGCGGUAGUUGUCAGGAUGUAUCUAAGGCGGGUUGUGAGAGAGUCUGUAAUAAUUUUGCCUGGUUUUGGAGUUCAGCUUGAGACUCAAUACCGAAGUGGGAGAAUCACUCGUCGCUUUGUUGCUUCCAGCAAGAUCUUGAAACCGGUCCUGAAUGAAUGUGUGACCCCUGUUACUUGUUACUGGAGCCUGUCUCUGAUCAUUCAUGGAGAAGAGCAGCUUCUUGUCGUUUUCAAGGAAUUGCGCCCUCCAGUUAAAACUUUGGUUCCCAUCUGGAAGGCUUUAUGUGCUUCCAUUGAAUGUGGAGAACACAUACAUGAAUGAAUGAUCUCUCUCCAUGCUGAUUUAGUGAUUUGUACACUGCAGCUAACAGAUUCUUUGAUACAUGAAAGAAGUGAAGAGAACUCAACUUUAGUGAUUCUUUUGAAACCAAAACUAGGUUAUCACAUAUCAUUUUUUCUAUACUAUAUCUAUGUUGUGUAUGCCUCUGUUGUCCACACAAGAGGGGGGUAGAAAGCCUCAAUGAUAUUCUGGGAUGCAAAGCAGUUGCUUUCGACGGGUAAAUCCAGAUAGAACAGCCCAGAUUUCAUGGCUCUGAUAAUCAACCAACUCCCAAUUGAGUGGGUGAUAUGCAGUUGAAUAGAGACAGCUUUCCAUUUGACGAUCAUUAAUGUGUAGCAGAGCUCAAUCGCUGUGCAGUUCGCUGUAAACUAAUUUCAUGACGACGCAAACCAUGCCAUGACUCACAUGAACUGCUGCUCCAUGAUGUAAUCUUUGCUAUCUGCUCGCUUAAGGCAUCGAGAUUGACAAGUGGGACAGUUGUUGGUCGACCAUGAGCACACUGAGGCACAAACUUGGCAGUGUUAGGAAAUCAGAUGUGUUAUUACUAUGCUGAUUUGUCUUAGAUGGGUUAAAACAUAUAUAGUGCUUUCAAAGGCCGUUUUUCUAUAGAUUUCGUCGAGAGAAUAUUACUGAGAUUUCAUCUUUUACUCACUUGAAAACAUAGUGAAGUCUGCUUUAGCUCUUCAACAAUGAGGGAGCACUCUGAAGGCAAUAAAGCGUCUCCAAACAUAAUUGCACCUGCAUUUGGGAUACCAUGAACAGGGUGAGAAGUGAAACAAUCAUUAUACCACAGUUCAUCUUGUAAUGUGGACCACUGAUAUACAAGUUCAUUUUUAGUAUACUAAUGUACGUUAUUUGAAAGUUCAUUUUUAGUGUACUGAAGGUUCAAUUUUUAGAUAUUAGCUAAAAAUGCACAUUUAUAAGUGUUCCACAUUAUAAUUUACCGAAA